AAAAAAAACACCUCAAAACGUUUUCCUCCGCCGACGAUGCUCUCACGAUACUGCCUCCUCCCACCACCAUUCAUCUCCGCCGUCAAAACCCGAUGCUUCUCCGGAGAAACCUCCGACACAGGCCUCCUCUUCCGCGAAAAGCUAAUCUACCUCCAAGACCUCAACGUCGACCCCCACAAAGCCCUCCGAGUAAACCCCUCUCUCCGCUCCACUCCAAUCUCCUCCGUCGUCUCCGUCGAAACCCUUUUAACCUCCACCGGCCUCUCCCGCCCCGCCGUCGGCCGCAUCCUCGACAUGUUCCCCGACCUCCUAACCUCCGACCCCGAAUCCGACAUCUCACCAGUUCUAAACUUCUUGUCGGAAGAGAUCCAUCUUUCCGACCAAGACAUCCCUAAGUCGAUAUCUCGCUGUCCUAGACUCCUAAUCUCCUCGGUGGACUCCCAGCUCCGUCCCGCUUUAGCCUUCCUUAGAACCCUAGGGUUCGUGGGACGAGACACGGUGACGUCGAGGAACACGGUGUUGCUUGUGUCGAGCGUGGAGAGGACUUUGAUUCCGAAGAUUGAGUUUUUGGAAGGAGGGUUAGGGUUUAGGAGGGAGGAGGUGGCGAAGAUGGUGGUUAGGUCUCCGGCGUUGUUGACGUAUAGUGUGGAGAAUAAUUUGGCGCCGAAAGUUGAGUUCUUUGUGGGGGAGAUGGGUGGGGAUGUGGAGGAGUUGAAGAGGUUUCCUCAGUAUUUUUCUUUUAGCUUGGAGAGGAAGAUUAAGCCGAGGCAUAGGUUGCUUAAGGAGCACGGGAUUUUGAUGCCUUUGUCGGAGAUGUUGAAGGUUAGUGAUGGCCAGUUUAAUCUUUGGCUUUUGGAACUUCGGCUUAGGUCUGUUGAUAGGAGAUUGUAAAAGGUUUGGCACUUUUGUGUUCUGUUUCGUUGAGAUUUAGAAGACAUUUUACUUGAGCUUGUGUAGAGUCAAGGAAGUAUGUAUUUGAGAAGUCAAAGUUGUAGUUGUGUAGGGAUGUUGGAAUCUAUACAAGCUCAAGUGUUAAACUCUAUAUUAAGGUUUUUAUGGUCUCUUUUACUGAGAUUUUGAGAAAUGAAUUGCAAAAGUUUUGCACUGGAGACAUUCGAGGACACUUCUCACUUGAGCUUGUAUAGAGUUUUUGUUUCGGAGAUUAGGUUAGGGAAAUGUUUUUUUUUUAGAUCAUUAAGUGUGUAUUUGACAAGUCAAAGAUAUGAGGAAAGUCUUGUUUAAGUUGUCUACGGAUGUUGGAAUUUGGUAUGUGAUCUUACUUGAUGAAGUGAAGUUGCUUAUCAUGAGCUGCUGUUUGAUACUUAUGUUUCAAAAAAUUAAUCUUGGGGGAGAGUUCUAUCAGGUCAUGUAAUGUGUAAUUCAGAACGUUGAUAAGAAGAGUUGCUUUGA